GUCACGUACGGCAGCGACGACCUGGAUGAUGCUGACGACACGUCCGAUGGGUUUGAUGACGAGAGUCGACAUCCGAGGCAGAAAUGGAGCUCGAAAAUGGAAUUCAUCUUGGCUUGCAUUGGAUACGCCGUUGGCUUGGGGAACGUCUGGAGGUUUCCGUACUUGGCCUACAAAAGCGGCGGAGGGGCUUUUAUGGUACCAUACCUCGUCAUGCUGCUGGUUUGUGGCGUGCCCUUGAUGUACAUGGAACUUGCAGUGGGUCAGUACACUAGACGAGGUCCGAUUCAAGCACUUGAACGACUUUGUCCUUUCUUCAAAGGGGCUGGAUUCGGCACAGUGGUGAUAUCUUUCCUCUUGUGCACGUACUACAACGUCAUCAUUGCCUGGGCCUUGUUCUACCUGUUCAGUUCGUUCCGGGCCAAAUUGCCCUGGUCUCAUUGCAACAACACUUACAAUUCCAUCUGGUGCAUGGACACGAAUGAAGACGAGGAAAAGUUUGUCGUCUCCGACGGCGAAGGUGACGAUGCUGCAGCUGACGAGUACACGUACAACUCGACGCAACUCGGCAUAGAGAGUCGCUACGUGAAUUGCACUUCCGUGGCCACCAGCAAUUGGACCAUUCAAACCAAUGGCAACGACAGUUCCAUUUUGAAGAACUUGGACGAGAAUGAUUCUUUGCGGCACUUGGCGUACCCGAGAACCCCGACAGAGGACUUUUUCUUGGAAGGAGUUUUGAAGAUCAGCACAGGCGUGGAUGACCCUCAGGCUAUGCGAUGGGAACUGGUGUUGGCCCUUUUCGUGGCUUGGAUCUUGGUUUACUUUUCAAUUUGGAAAAGCGUGAAAUCGUCGGGAAAAGUGGUUUAUUUCACAGCUUUAUUUCCGUACGUCAUCAUGGUUGUUUUCCUGGUCUCCUGUUUGAAUUUGCCUGGGGCGAAAGCCGGUGUUUGGAUAAAUGCUGCGUCGCAAAUUUUCAACUCGAUCGGCAUUGGAUUCGGCUCCUUGAUUGCUUUUGCUUCGUACAAUCAAUACCAUAAUUCAAUCUUGAAAGACACGCUCACUGUUGCCACCGUCAAUGCCAUGACGUCAGUGUUGGCUGGUGUCAUUGUUUUCGCCACUCUCGGGAAUUUGAGUUACGAACAAGGAAAGUGUAUAGACGACAUCGUUUCAGAUGGUCCUGGACUUGUUUUUGUUGUGUAUCCGCAAGCGUUGAACAAAAUGCCUCUACCAACUCUGUGGGCCAUGUUAUUCUUCUUCAUGCUUUUAUGCUUGGGAUUGGACAGUCAGUUUGCGAUGGUUGAAGUGGUUAUAACCAGCCUCACGGAUGCUUACGGUGCUUGGAUAAAGAAAUGGCUCAAGAAACACGAGCUUUUGGUGCUCGUCGUGUGCUGUUUGUCUUUUCUGUGUGGACUUCCAAAUGUCACUGAGGGUGGAAUCUACUACUUUCAGUUGAUAGACCACUAUGCGGCAUCUGUUUCCAUCAUGUACUUGACUUUCUUUGAAGUUAUUGCAGUUUGUUGGUUCUAUGGAGCAGGACGAUUGGCGAGAAACUGUCUGGAAAUGACUGGGCAUCUCCCUUCGUUAUAUUUCCAGUUUUGCUGGUGGUUUGCAUCUCCUUUAUUGAUUGCUGUG